CUCCGGGUGGGGGCGCUCUCCUGGGCGCGACGCGAUCUCCCUCCGUGCUCCAUUCGCUCGGGCUGUCCCUGUUUCCCCGCCCUCGCCCUCGUUGUUCUUGCUGUCCCCCCAGCCCCUCCCCCCGGGAUAUCCCGGUCUGCUCCUGCUGCCCCUCUUGACCCUGCUCUGCAGCGCCUGAGCCGCUGACCAAUCCUCCGUCCGACCACAAAGUACUGGAUACACACACACACACACACUCAGACACGCCCACGCGCAGAGAGAAAGAGAUACCAUGUCCGCCAAUGAGUGGCCUUUCGCCAGAUUUUUCCAGAGUGGCGGAGCCUCUGCCGCUGGUGACAUCCUUGCUCAGCAGCGUCUGCACUCGCUGGCCAACCACCUGCAGACCGCCCCCGCCGCGCCGGACUAUCAAGAGACUCUGACCGUGGUGGACAAUCGCACCGGCAAGACGCACACCAUUCCCAUCCGCCAUGGCCACAUCGUCAAUGCCUCGGAUCUGGCGAAGAUCACCGCCCCCGGGCCCCUGCCCGGCCCCUACCCCGCGCCGGCUGUGGAGAAGACCGCCACUUCGGCCGAGGAGCCUGCCGCCGGCGGCGGGCCGGGGCUGCUCAUUUUCGACCCGGCCCUGGCCAGCAUUGCCGUGGCCCAGUCGUCCAUCUCCUUCGUCGAUGGCGAGAAGGGCAUCCUCCGGUACCGGGGCAUCCCGAUCGAGGACAUCGCCAAGAACUUUGACAUGUGCCAGGUGGCGCACUUGCUGCUGUUCGGCCAGGCCCCCGCCACGCCGGAAAAGCGCCGCGAGUGGCAGCAGAUCCUCAGCCCGGCGGCCACGCCGGACAACAUGGCCUCCCUGGCCCGGCUGAUCUUCUCCCUGCCUACCUCCGGCCACCCGAUGUCCAUGUUCAUCAGCGGUCUGGGUGCCAUGUCUGCCCUCCACUCGGAUUCGAACCCGGCUCUCUCGUCGUCGGGCCACAACUACUUCCGCAACAACCCAGCCGAGGCGGACCGGCAGAUCGAGCGGAUCCUUCGCCAAUCGCCGGUCCUGGCGGCGCUCAUCUUCCGCCGGUGCAAGUACCGCGCCGAGGGGGCCAGCAUCGAGGCGACCAUGGCCGCCGAGGCCGGGCGCCUGAGCCCCGCCGAGGAGCGCACCUUCUCCGAAGUGUCUUCCGCCCAGGCGAUGGCCUCUUUCACGGCGCAGAAGCUCAUCGACGAGCCGCUCGCACGCGACGCCCUCGCCGCGGUGGCCGCCGCCUCGAGCCACGCCCAGGCCCAGGGCUGGGACUAUGCCACCACCUUCCUGGCCAUGUCCGGUCUCGGCAUGGGUGCCGACCGGAGCCUGCCCCCGCCGGAGGCCUUCUCCAAGGCCCUGGACCUGCUGUUUGUCCUGCACGCCGAGCAUGAGCUCAACUGCUCCACUUCGGCCAUGCGGCACAUUUCCUCGUCGGCGGUGGACCCGUACAGCGCCGUGGCCGGGUCGGCCUCCGCCCUGUAUGGGCCCCUGCAUGGGGGUGCCUGCGAGGCGGUCCUUCGCAUGCUGGAGGAGAUCGGCCACGUGGACCAGGUCCCCGGGUACCUGGAGAAGGUCAAGCGCCGGGAAUGCCUGCUCAUGGGCUUCGGCCACCGGGUGUACAAGAACUAUGAUCCGCGCGCGCGGCAGGCGGCCGAGGCGGCUCGCGAUGUGGUCGACACGCUGGCCGCGCUGGCCGACGCCGGCCCCAAGUCCGACAUCGCCGGUCAGACCUUCGACGCCGAGCGCAUCGCCGAUGUCCGCCGUCUGGCGGCCAUUGCCCGGCGUCUGGAGGAGGUGGCUCUCAAUGACGUGUACUUCCGCGAUCGCAAGCUCUUCCCGAAUGUCGACUUCUGGACCGGGCUCCUGUACAAGGCUCUCGGCAUUCCCACAGAGUUCUUCCCGGUUAUGUUUGCCAUGCCCCGCCUGGCGGGCUGGCUGUCGCACUGGCGCGAAACGGUCCACGAGAAGCCGGCCGGGCGCAUCUUCCGGCCUCGGCAGAUCUACAUCCCCGGGGGGACGGUUCCGCCGCGCUUCGAGUAAAUGCAUGCACGCGGCGCUCGGCGACGCCUGGGUCGGGGCCUGUGGCGCGUUGGCGCCUGCGACCCGGCUGUUUGUCUUGUCCCUUCCCGCCAUCUCCCUCCCUGGUGCAUUCCUCCCGACAUGGCUCCGGGUGGCUACCAUGGCCUGGUACCCCGCCUCCUUGUCGCACCCUUCCCGCCGCACAGCCGCGCGGGCGCCAUCUCCCUGCACUCAAAUACACAUUUCACAAGUCA